ACCGAACUAGGCUGGGUUAUAAGCUAGCUCUCGAACUCCGACAAGAGACAGUUCACGGGCGCCUUCUUAAAAUGCGUUCCAGAAAGCAUUAAAAUCAAUCUAGACGCCUCGCGACAUGUUCUGAAAGUCUUUUGACACAUUUCUAGCGUUGUUCUGGAAGGAUUCAUUCCGCUUCGUGCCAUUGCAAUGCCGAGUCUUCGUGUCAUUGAUUCAUCUACAGGACGUGCCGGAGACAGGAUAGCUAGCGCGUUGAUGCCGUCACCUUUCACGAUCACGGACUCUUAUUCGAAUUGGGGGUUCGGAGAAAGGAAAGGGAAACGUACGACUCUUCGCCCCGUCAUGUACCUGAGUAGGACGGUUGAGGGAGAUAGCUGGUCGUACUUCACCACGUCAUACUGGACAACGAACGUCAAAACUAUGUUCCUAUCUCCGGAGUUGUUGAUCCUUGUCAUUAUGAAUUUACUUGCCUUGAUCUGGGCAGCCUGUGCGGGAUACGAAAACGGGAUAGAAGAAGGCCUGCGCCAAGCAAAGGCCGCGUUUGAUCGCCAGCAAGACAUAUCCAAGGAGGCCGUGAAGAUCCGGAGAAAGAUUGAUUUGUUGCGACGAUAGUGUUAAAAGGGGCAGCCAAGAAAUUGGUGGAGGCAAACUCGGCGUUGAGUUUGAAGCAGAUAGGGGAGAGGAGACUGCUGGCGGACGUCAAUAGCCGUUUGAGGACAGGUUAAGGAAUCAUGGCUGAUGUGACAAGGAAGAAGCCACGUUUGAUUGCGAUCCGAUCUCAAAGCAUAACGAAACGUUCCACAUGUAAUUUUAAAUUUUAAAACGAUAUUCCAAACGGGGAUAAACACAUCAACUCUUCGCCA